UUCCUGCAGCUCCGCUCGGCUCAGCAGUAGUGCCUUUGAGCUCUCCCGCGACCCGCCGUAGUGUUGUUGGGUUCGCUCGCAAUUUUGUUUUCUCGAAGAAGAUUUGCGUCGUGAAAUUUUGCUCGCAGCCAUGACGACCUCGUUGGCAACCUCGUUCUGCGCUUCCACGGCGCCCCAGGCCCUUGCUUCGCGCCAGGCUCAGCUUUCCGGCACCUCCCUUGUCUGCUCGUCUAGCCCUCAGCCCUCUGUCUCCUUUGCCAGCCCUUUGCUGAUGCAACCCCGUGCGAGUCGGCGGUGCGAUUUGACAGGGAAGAAGGCUAACAAUGGAUACAAGGUCUCGUUCUCUAACCACAGGACGAAGCAUUUGCAGCAACCCAACUUGCAGUACAAGCGGCUCUGGUGGGAGGAGGGCAAACGCUUCGUGAAGCUCCGCAUUUCAACCAAGGCGCUGAAGACGAUCGAGAAGAACGGCCUCCAAGCCAUGGCGAGGAAGGCUGGUAUCAAUCUGGCUGACUACUAGGUCAGUGCCGACUUAAAUUAUUUUUUAUCAUCUAUAUGAUGAAAUUCAUAGGAUUUGCACCACAAUUGAGCUUUUCCUCAAACACGAAAUGCAAAAAGAAGGGUUCAUAUUCUUAUCAGGGGAGAGUGAGUACGAUGACGCUCGAGGCUGUACUGAAGUCUUCUUGUUUCAACUGGCUUAUGAUAUCCUUUACAAAUUCCACGUUUCAGCAUGCUGUCAGGCCGAUGUAAUGCCCAGAGGUUGAUUGCUAUGAAUCAGACGUGCCAGAAAAAAGGUUUUACAGUGCAUGUUAUUCAGGGGAAAAUUUUCGGAAGCCUUUCUAUGGUGGAGUUUAUUGUGUCCAACGGCAAUCUGAUUUGUUAAAUGUCAUUAUGAAGAACUUGUUUAUUUGAUGAGUGAAAUGAACUAAUUAUUUAUUCAAGUA